AUCAGGACUGGAUCAACUCGAGUAAACCAGGAACACUACUCCGUCAGCUCGUUCAUUCAGAAUAAUACACAAGAAGAAGAUGCUCCGGUUCACUUCUUCCACAAAGCCGGCUCUCGCGCGGAGGCUGGCGACCGCUGCUCCUCUGCGGAGAAAUUUUGGCUCGGCAAAGACGCUGUUUGAUGAAGAGCACUUGAACAAAUACUCGGCAGAGAUCACGCUGCCAAAGUCGCAGGGCGCGUCGCAGGCUAUGCUCUACGCUACCGGCUUCACCGACGAGGACUUCCAGAAGGCGCAGGUCGGCAUCUCGAGUGUCUGGUACUCCGGCAACCCGUGCAACAUGCACCUUCUCGAUCUCAAUUUCCGCAUCAAAGAAGGCGUCGAGAAGGCCGGUCUUAAGGGCCUGCAGUUCAACACCAUCGGCGUCUCGGACGGUAUCUCGAUGGGCACCGCCGGCAUGCGGUACUCGCUGCAAUCCCGCGAUCUCAUCGCCGACUCGAUCGAGACCGUCAUGAUGGGCCAGCACUACGACGCAAACAUCUCGAUCCCCGGCUGCGACAAAAACAUGCCCGGCGUGCUCAUCGCCAUGGGCCGCGUCAACCGCCCCUCGAUCAUGGUCUACGGUGGCACCAUCAAGGCCGGGCGCGCGAGCUGCAUGCCCGACACCGACAUCGACGUCAUCUCCGCCUUCCAGGCUUACGGCCAGUACCUCGCCAAGACCAUCGACGAGCCUACCCGUGCUGAUAUCAUCCGACAUGCUUGCCCCGGUGCUGGCGCCUGCGGUGGCAUGUACACUGCCAACACCAUGGCCUCUGCUGCCGAGACCAUGGGCAUGACCCUCCCCGGCUCGUCCUCGUUCCCGGCCGAGAGCCCCGAGAAGCUGCAGGAGUGCAUCGACGUCGGAGAGGCGAUCAAGAACCUCAUGCGCACCGGUCUGCGCCCGUCUGAUAUCAUGACCAGAGAGGCGUUCGAGAACGCGAUGCGUUACGUCACCAUCACCGGUGGCUCUACCAACGCCGUCCUGCACUUGAUUGCCAUCGCCCACUCCGUCGGCGUCAAGCUUACCUUGGACGACUUCCAGGCCGUGUCUGACAAGACCCCCAUGCUCGCUGACUUCAAGCCCUCGGGCAAGUACGUCAUGGCCGACCUGCUCGCGCUCGGCGGUACCCCGUCCGUGCUCAAGUUCCUCAUCAACGAGGGCGUCAUCGACGGCAAGACCAUCACCGUCACCGGCAAGACCUUGGCCGAGAACGUGGCCAAGUUCCCGGACCUGCCCAAGGACCAAAAGAUCUUCAAGCCGUUCUCGGACCCGAUCAAGAAAUCCGGCCAUCUGCAGAUCCUCAAGGGCAGUCUUGCGCCCGGUGGAUCGGUCGGAAAGAUCACUGGAAAGGAAGGAACUGUUUUCAAGGGCAAAGCCAAGGUCUUUGACGCUGAAGAGUACCUCAUUCCCGCGCUCGAGCGGGGCGAGAUCAAGAAGGGCGAGAAGACCGUCAUCAUCAUCCGCUACGAGGGACCAAAAGGUGGUCCCGGCAUGCCCGAGAUGCUCAAGCCAUCGAGCGCCGUCAUGGGCGCCGGACUCGGCCAGGACGUUGCUCUUCUCACCGACGGCCGAUUCAGCGGUGGUUCGCACGGUUUCCUGAUCGGACACAUCGUGCCCGAGGCUAUGGACGGCGGUCCUAUCGCGUUGGUCGAGGAUGGCGAUGAGAUUGUCAUUGACUCGGAGAGAAACGUGAUUGACUGGAAUGUCCCGGAGGAGGAGAUUGAGAAGCGACGGGCAAAGUUCGUGCCGCCGCCUUUGAGAUAUAACAAGGGAACUCUGUACAAGUACGCAAAGAGCGUCUCGAACGCCAGUGAGGGAUGCGUUACUGAUAAAUAGAUGUGGUAAUCCUUCUCUUUAUUUCUUCUUCUUUUCGACAAAAAGUUAAAAAAUCGGCGCUUGUUUGUCUUUACGUUUCUCAUGUGGGGGAUUCUUUAUUAGUUUUUUGGUGCGGUUGGUAGAAUGAAAGACUUGAAAUAAUGACGAUACAUGUAAUGUAG